UUCCUUCUCGGGUAGUGGUUUCCUGCCCCACAUUCCCGAUUUUUCUAUCUUGGCCAAGUAAGUUAGAUGCUCAGAGCAUCAGUUUACCAGUUUGUAAAUGAGGUUUGAUAGAGAGGCCAUUUGUAAAGCUGUUGGCAUGAUGCAUGGUAGCUGCCCACUGUGGGAUGGGCGCCUCAGAAUUAAGUGAAAUCGAGGGAGCCGAGGGGCUUGCAGACUGUAAGGGGCAGCGCAUGAGCGAAGCUGGUGAGCUCGGGACGGCCGGUGGGUGCGGAGACCUCGGGCGACCCCGCCACACCUCGCGGCCCCUUGGGGGUCCUCCCCGCCGGCUCCGCCCAGGUCCUGCCUCCGUCCCCUCCCGGGUCCGAGGCCAGCCAGCGGGCUGUGGGCGGGCCGAGGCUGCAGGGGGCGUGCGGCGGCGGCAGGAAGGGGCGGGGGGCUCCGGAGCAGCCAGCAGGAAGAGAAGAACCCACCGACCGCCCAGCGCCCGGCGCGUCAGCACUCCGGACCCCGCCAUGUGGGGGCUCCUGCUCGUCUUGGCCGCCUUCGCACCUGCCGUCGGUGUGGGUCUGGGGGCGCCCGGCGCCUCCGUGCUGGGCCUUGCGCCGCCCGCGACCACCGAAGCCCCGGGCUCGACCCCAGCCCACCGUAGCAGUCCGGCACAGCCGCCCGCGGGGAAGGAUAACGGGACCUCAGAACAGUAUGUCCAGAUUCGCAUCAUCAAGAAGAAAAAGGUCAUUAUGAAGAAGCGAAAGAAGUUAACUCGCCCCAGACCCCUGGUCACCACCAGGCCCCCAGUGACCACGAGCCCAAGAGCCCUUGACUUCCCUGAGGAGCAGGAAGCAGACUGUCCUCCAUUGGGCCUGGAGUCCCUGCGAGUUUCAGAUAGUCAGCUCGAGGCAUCCAGCAGCCAGUCCUUUGGUCUUGGACCACACCGAGGACGGCUCAACAUCCAGUCAGGCCUGGAGGAUGAUGAUCUCUAUGAUGGAGCCUGGUGUGCUGAGCAGCAGGACACUGAGCCGUGGCUGCAGGUGGAUGCUAGGCACCCCACCCGCUUCUCGGGCAUUAUCACACAGGGCAGGAACUCUGUCUGGAGGUACGACUGGGUCACAUCAUACAAGGUCCAGUUUAGCAAUGACAGUUGGACCUGGUGGGGGAGUAGGAACCACAGCAGUGGGAUGGAUGCCGUAUUUCCUGCCAAUUCGGACCCAGAGACACCAGUGCUGAACCUCCUACCUGAGCCCCAGGUGGCCCGCUUUAUUCGCCUGCUGCCUCAGACCUGGCUCCAGGGAGGGGCAUCCUGCCUCCGGGCCGAGAUCCUGGCUUGCCCUGUCUCAGAUCCUAAUGGCCUGUUCCCUGAAGCCCCUGCAGUGGGGUCCUCUGACCCUUUGGACUUCCGGCAUCACAAUUAUAAGGCCAUGAGGAAGCUGAUGAAACAUGUGAACGAGCAGUGCCCCAACAUCACCCGCGUCUACAGCAUCGGGAAGAGCCACCAGGGCCUGAAGCUCUAUGUGAUGGAAAUGUCAGACCAGCCCGGGGAGCAUGAGCUGGGAGAGCCUGAGGUGCGCUAUGUGGCCGGCAUGCAUGGGAAUGAGGCCCUGGGGCGGGAGUUGCUCCUGCUCCUGAUGCAGUUCCUGUGCCAUGAGUUCCUGCGAGGGGACCCACGGGUGACCCGGCUGCUCACCGAGACGCGCAUUCACCUGCUGCCUUCCAUGAACCCUGAUGGUUAUGAGACUGCCUUCCGCCGGGGCUCGGAACUGGUGGGCUGGGCAGAGGGCCGCUGGAACCAGCAGGGCAUUGAUCUUAACCAUAAUUUUGCUGAUCUCAACACACCACUGUGGGAAGCUGAGGAUGAUGGGCUGGUACCUGACAGUGUCCCCAACCAUCACCUGCCACUGCCCAAUUAUUACACCCUGCCCAAUGCCACUGUGGCUCCUGAAACUCGGGCAGUGAUUGAGUGGAUGAAGCGGAUCCCCUUUGUGCUGAGUGCCAACCUCCAUGGGGGUGAACUUGUGGUGUCCUACCCAUUCGACAUGACUCGGACCCCGUGGGCUGCCCGAGAACUCACGCCCACGCCAGAUGAUGCUGUGUUCCGCUGGCUCAGCACUGUCUAUGCUGGCACUAAUCGGGCCAUGCAGGAUCCAGAUCGCCGACCCUGCCACAGCCAGGACUUCUCUUUGCAUGGCAACGUCAUCAAUGGGGCUGACUGGCACACAGUCCCUGGGAGCAUGAAUGACUUCAGCUACCUACACACCAACUGCUUUGAGGUCACUGUGGAGCUGUCCUGUGACAAGUUCCCUCAUGAGAAUGAGCUGCCCCAGGAAUGGGAGAACAACAAAGAUGCCCUUCUCACCUACCUAGAACAGGUGCGCAUGGGCAUUUCGGGGGUUGUGCGGGACAAGGACACGGAGCUUGGGAUUGCGGAUGCUGUCAUUGCUGUGGAUGGGAUUAACCAUGAUGUGACAACAGCCUGGGCUGGGGAUUACUGGCGCCUGCUGACCCCCGGGGACUAUCUGGUGACCGCCAGUGCUGAGGGCUACCACACAGCAACGCGGAGCUGCCAGGUCACCUUUGAAGAGGGCCCUGUGCCCUGCAAUUUCCGCCUUACCAAGACUCCCAAACAGAGACUCCGAGAGCUGCUGGCAGCUGGGGCCAAGGUGCCCCCAGACCUUCGGAGGCGGCUGGAGCGGCUGAGGGGACAGAAGAACUAACACCUCCAGCUGAAGAGUCCCAGAGGCUUGGGCAGGCUGGACCUGUCCAGAACUGAAUGGGGGGUGGUGCGUUGAGAGUGGGAGGCAGGAACCAAGUGAGGGAAGAGGUGCUCCGGCUCAUUAAAGCUACUUGGCACCUCA